AUGCCGCAUCAGCCGACAAUCGUCGGUUUUCCACGUCGCUGCUCUUCCGACCUAACGGGCGAUGACAUCCAGCGACGGAAGGGUGAAAAGAGAGAGGUCCUCCCGGGCGGAGGCAUCAUUGGACGCACUCUGGCAGAGUGGACACGCAAACGAGCUGCGCACAAGGCCACUGGGCGCCGG